AACAGCUAGCUCUCAACACCUCUCUCACUCUGUCAGUCACCAAUAAAAGGGACGUCUUCCUCUUCUCUUUCGUCUUUCCUUCUCAUUAGCCUUUUAGGCUAUCUUCUUCUUCCCCAGCACUCUUCUUCCUUCUCUCCCUCCCCUGUUUUUUUUUUUUUUUUUUAAUAAUAUAUAUAUAUCAAACUCACACGCACCAAUAAGAACCAACCCAGAAUAUUUGUUUAGAUUUGUUUGCCGAAUACGCUGAAAGAUCAGAAACAAGAUGGGGUGCCCUCAUCUGGGUUUUCUUCUCAUGGUUUGCUGCCUCCUAAAUGCGCUUCUUGCUUCUGCGUCGCACACGAAUCUGCCAAUCAUGGCUUUUGAUGAAGGGUAUGCUCAGCUUUUUGGGGAUGAUCAUCUGGUCGUCCUUAAGGACGGGAAAACCGUUCAUCUUUCUCUGGAUGAGAGGACAGGCUCUGGAUUUGUGUCUCAGGAUCUUUACCUUCACGGGUAUUUCAGUGCUUCGAUUAAGUUGCCUGCCGAUUACACUGCAGGUGUUGUGGUUGCGUUUUAUAUGUCAAAUGGUGAUAUGUUUGAGAAGCAACACGAUGAAAUCGAUUUUGAGUUCUUGGGUAACAUCAGAGGCAAAGAUUGGAGGAUUCAGACCAAUAUUUAUGGUAAUGGAAGCACUAGCGUUGGCAGAGAAGAGAGAUACUAUCUCUGGUUUGAUCCCUCUGAAGAUUUCCAUCAGUACAGCAUUCUCUGGACUGAUUCUCAGAUCAUAUUCUAUGUAGACAAUAUUCCCAUUAGGGAGUUCAAGCGAACGGAAUCCUUGGGUGGUGACUUCCCUGCUAAGCCAAUGACUUUGUAUGCCACAAUAUGGGAUGGGUCCGAUUGGGCUACAAAUGGGGGCAAAUACAGAGUAAAUUACAAAUACUCCCCCUAUAUCACUGAGUUCUCUGAUCUUGUACUUCACGGCUGCGCAGUUGAUCCCAUUGAGCAUUUAGCAAAGUGUGACAAUGUUCAAAGUUCUCAAGCAAUCCCCACUGGUGUCUCAUCCUCUCAAAGAAUCAAAAUGGAGAACUUUAGGAAGAAGCAAAUGACAUAUUCUUACUGCUACGAUCGCGUUCGGUACAAAGUUCCCCCGCCCGAGUGCGUGAUUAACCCCCAAGAAGCAGAGAGACUUAGGGUUUUCGACCCAGUUACGUUCGGGAAAGGCCGGCGCCACCAUGGGAAACGACACCACCGCAGCCGAACGAGCCAGGCCGAAGCAACUUCCAUUUGAGGAAGAGGAUGUUUUAUUUUGUGAUGUGGGACAUUAUUGUCAUCUUCAUUUCCCUCUUCAGUUUGGGUCAGUCUGGUUUUUGUGUAUAGAGAGAGAGAGAAGCAUAAAAGAUUUAUUGAGGGUGGCACAUUUUUAUUAUAUGGUGGUGGGUAUGUGUAUAGGUCAUACCUUUUAGAGGUCCCCUGUUAUUUUUAUCAUUGAUUAUUAUGUCUUUAUAAAUUGAAUUUGGUGAUGAUUUCUGUACUUUAAUAGACACACACCCUCAUGGGUUCAAUAAUUAUUUACCAUGUGGAGUUGUUUUAUAUGUAUAAAUAUGAGUUAGGUGGAAUCCCAUCA